AUCUAAAUAAUGUUUUUUGAAAUUAUUUUCACAGCGAAGGAAGUUCUGAACAUGUUGUUUCUAGUGUAAUCGCCUCGUUUUGUUAUCCUCGCCAUGGCUUUAUCUCUCAUUCCGAGGAGAGCCUUCUCUCUUGCUCUUAGCAGAAGUUUAUCGACUUCUGGGCAGCGCUUUCAGAUACCGCAACCAUCGGACAAUGCAGGCUCUGAAUUCAAUCAAGGAUCUUUUGAUGAAUUGCCGUUGGCUGGCCGUGUGAAGUCCCGUCUGAAGGAGCUUGGAUUUGCAUCUAUGUUUGAGAUCCAAGCGAGAACGAUCCCAAUGUCCCUAGCUGGUAAAGACGUGCUUGGACGCGCAGCUACAGGCAGUGGGAAAACUCUGUGUUUUGCUGUGCCCAUUGUUCACUCUCUUUCGGAAACACCUUCAACUGGACGUGCACGUGCAUUGGCCAUUCUACCAACAAGAGAACUCUGUAUCCAAGUUGCACAAGCGGUUGAAAAUUUGGCUCCACACUUGAGGGUUUCCCGUUGCUAUGGAGGUGAUAGCCGGUAUCGUCAGUUAACAGGCCUGCGCAAUGUUGAUUUUGUCGUCGGAACACCUGGGCGACUAAAUGACUUCAACGAGGCAGGCGAGUUGCCACUGAAUGAUGUUCAGUUUCUUGUCUUGGAUGAGGCCGAUGAGUUGCUCACUCCUAACUUCUUGAUGCAGAUUGAGCGUAUGUUGGCACAGCUGCCCCAGUCCAAGCAAGCCAUGAUGUUUAGUGCCACUAUGCCCCGUGCUGCACACAGCGUGGCCACACGCUUCAUGAAUAAUCCUGAAUUUGUGGACUUGACCUCGGACAUGAAGCGCGUCCCAUCCACUGUAAAGCACCUCGUCAUGCCGUGUGACGAAGGCCGGGAGGUCGCGUGCAUAAUGAGUCUUCUGGAAGAACACAACCCGAAGCGGGGCUUGAUAUUUGUGCCGAGCAAGCGCUCUGCGCAGAACCUUGGUGAUUACCUAGCUCGCUGUGGUAUCUCUUGCUGCAGCUUGCACGGAGACAAGAGCCAAGACCAGCGCACCCGGGUGUUCCGUGACUUCAAGAACGGUCGCUUUGAAGUACUGGUGUCUACCGAUGUAGCUGCAAGAGGACUGGAUGUGCCUGAUCUGGAGCUGGUGAUCCAGUGCGGUGCUCCGCCGAGUGGUGUUGAGUUUUACAUUCACCGCUCCGGUCGCACUGGCCGUGGAGGCCGUGAGGGUGUCAGCGUUCUCCUUUGCUACAGCCAGGACCGUACUUUCAUGAUGGAUUUGAGGAAAGAAGUUGAAGUGGAGUUAACUGAGGCUCCUCACUACAACCAGCAGCAUGACCAGUCCAAGCCAUGGGAAGGAAUUGUUCAUGGCCUUGGUCUUGGCCCAGGCGCUUCUGGAGGUGGACCUCGUGGUGGUAAGGGACGGUAUGGCGGCAGCGGCGGUGGCGGUGGUGGUAGAUUUGGAGGAGAUCCUGGUGCGUUUGGUGGAAACCGGUUCGGCCGUGGCGGUGGUGGCAAGUUUGGCGAUAAUUCUAAUCUUUCUGGUGGGUUUGGAAGUCGCGGUGGCGGUGGCGGCCGUGGUUUCAGUGGCAGUGGCGGAUUUGGCAGUGGUGGAGGCCAAAAUUCUGGGUUCGGGUACGGUGGAAAUCGUGGCGGCGGUGGUGGUGGUGGAAGUCGCGGCGGUGGUGGUUUCGGCGGCCAUGACGGAUUCGGAAAGUGGUAAUUUUCGGCCCUCUGCUUGCAACUGACAUGUAUAUAGCACAAUGUAGCAUACUGUAAAUACAAAUAACAAUAAUAUUUCAUAUACUGAACUACAGUGUAGUAUUAUGCUAUCGAUACUACCGCAUUGAACUGCAAUAUUGGCCUUCAUGAAACACACACCUUUGGGGACGACAAGGUCAUUUUUUGUACAAUAGACUGCGUGUCAUGAUAACAACAACAUCCCUUGUAUUUACGUCUGCUUAGGUUCAGGCGGCGGUUUCUAUUAUUAACUUCCUACCCGGUUGUGAGUCAGUACAAGGGUGCAUUGCAUGAAGACUGAAGAGGCUCUUGUACGAUGCACUAUUCAAAUGUGCUUUAAGUUUUGCUUUUCUUGCUUAAAUUAUUGUCGCCAAGACCACCAUUGCCAUUUGCCAAUUAGGCUUGUGGGAAGUGUGAGCCUGUGCAGUCCAAUCCAUUCCAGGCAGCCGGUUUUUCGUCGUGUGAUAUUCCCGACAAAUAUGUUGCUUGUUUGUUGCUGGCAUUAGCUCUUUAGAAGAUGUGCCAGGCUCCAAAGCAAGAGUCUAUUGAAUUCUC